UCAUCGUCACUCUCCUCUUCUCUACUCUAUCUCACCCACCUACCUCUUCUUCUCUCACCUACCCCUCUCUCUCUCUCUGUCUCUAAAACCCAUUUCGGUCAGGUUUAGUUUACAUCAACUGCUUCCGCGAUUGAAGCAAAGACUUCAACUUUAAUCGGGAGAGCCAGUUAUCGGUGCAUGGAGUGACGGACUACCGGCUCCCAUUAUCUUCUACGGAGAUGAAUCUGUGGAUGGACGAUAACACCUCUGUAAUGGAGGCCUUUAUGAGCACCAACGAUCUUAUUGCGUUGUGGCCUCCUCCUCAAUCGUCUGCCUCGGCUUCCACCACUCCAGCCGCCACCGCUUCUGCUCUUCCGGAGGCAUCGAAAUCGUCGUCUCUGACUCACUCUCAGCCUUCUGUCAAUUUCAAUCAGGAAACCCUCCAGCAGCGUCUCCAAGCUCUGAUUGAGGGGGCCUCGGAGUGCUGGACAUACGCAAUCUUUUGGCAAUCUUCAUAUGAUUACUCCGGAUCGUCGGUUCUCGGUUGGGGCGACGGGUACUACAAAGGUGAGGAAGAUAAAGGCAAAUCAAAGCUCAGGAACGCCGUCUCUUCUGUUGAUGAGCAGGAGCACCGUAAGAGGGUCCUCCGUGAGCUCAAUUCGUUGAUUUCUGGUGUCGCUGAUGAUGCCGUCGAUGAAGAGGUGACUGAUACUGAGUGGUUCUUCUUAGUAUCGAUGACUCAGUCGUUCCUUAACGGAGGUGGGUUACCUGGUCAGGCCUUAUUUAAUUCCAGUCCGGUUUGGGUGGUUGGUCCUGACCGGCUUUCCACUUCUACCUGCGAACGGGCACGGCAGGGUCAGGUUUUCGGGUUGCAGACCAUAGUCUGCAUACCGUCGUCAAAUGGGGUGGUGGAAUUAGGUUCCACUGAAUUGAUUUACCAGAGCUCAGAUCUGAUGAACAAAGUGAGGGUUUUGUUUAAUUUCAAUAAUGGUGGUGGCGAUGGGGCUUCGUGGACCGUGGGUGCGAACCCGGAUCAGGGCGAGAACGACCCGUCUUCGCUGUGGCUGAGCGAUCCGUCGCUGAAUGGAAUAGAUAGUAGUACAAUCCCAACAUCUGGUGUCACUGCUAACGCGACCAAUAGCAGCAGCCACGCCAACGACAACAAUAGUAAUCCCCACAUGUCGAAAGGGUUUCAAAUUGAGAAUCCCAGUUCGAGUAGUUUGAAUGAGAACCCCAGUGAGAAUGGAGUUCAUAUCCCGAAUCAUCUUCGUCAGCAGCAGGAGGACCAACAAAACUACUUUGGCAGAGAACUGAAUUUCUCUGAGUAUGGUGGAUAUGAUGCCAUUAAUGGAAGGAAAGGGAGCUUGUUGAAGCCGGAAUCUGGGGAAAUAUUGAAUUUUGGGGAGAGUAAGAGGACUGCUACCAAUGGAAAUGGGAAUUUGUUUACCGGCAAUUCCCAAUUUCUAACAGAGGAUAUGAAUAAGAAGAGAUCACCCACUUCAAGGGGUAGCAAUGAUGAAGGGAUGCUCUCAUUCACUUCAGGUGUGAUUUUACCUUCCUCUGGUAUGGUGAAAUCAAGUCGUGGAGGUGGGGAUUCUGAUCACUCGGAUCUUGAAGCUUCUGUGAUUAAGGAUGUUGAUAGCAGCCGAGUUGUUGUUCCGGAGAAGAAGCCACGAAAACGGGGAAGGAAGCCUGCAAAUGGAAGAGAAGAGCCAUUGAAUCAUGUUGAAGCAGAGAGGCAGAGAAGGGAGAAGCUUAACCAGAGGUUCUAUGCCCUACGUGCUGUGGUUCCUAAUGUGUCCAAGAUGGACAAGGCAUCACUCCUAGGCGAUGCAAUUUCAUAUAUCAACGAGCUUCGAUCGAAGCUUCAAACUGUGGAGUCGGAUAGGGAGGACUUGCAGAAGGAGCUUGAAGCAAUGAAGAACGAAUUAUCCAUCAAAGAUUCUCGUCCUGCAUCGGCAUCUUUGGAUGAUCCUAAGCUGCUGGAUAAUAAUGAUAAUAUGAUAGAGUUGGAUGUCGAUGUGAAGAUAAUCGGUUGGGACGCGAUGAUUAGAAUCCAAUGCAGCAAAAGGAACCAUCCAGCAGCACGACUAAUGGCAGCUUUGAAGGAAUUAGAUCUUGAUGUGCAUCAUGCAAGUGUGUCGGUCGUGAACGAUUUGAUGAUCCAGCAGGCCACAGUGAAGAUGGGAAGUAGGUUUUACACACGGGAGCAGCUCAGGGUAGCCUUACAAUCCAGGGUUGGAGAUGCUGGAUAGGACAUUGAACAUAUUGAAGUCAAAUAAUAUGCAAUCCGGGAUGGACAUUAAUGGGGUAGGAUUGGGGAUAUUUUAAGACUUCUGGUCUGUAUAAUACUGUUCUUGUUGUUCUUGGGUAGUUAUUUUUAGUCGUUUCUGAGCUCGAGUUCAUUUAGAUUGAGGAGCUGAACUAAGAGGGGAGAUAGGUUGGAUAGUUCAAGACAUCCCAAUAACAUUAUUAGGCUCUCAUCUGGCUAUAAGAUUUUUGUAUUGGUUAUCCUUCUGUUGUGUAUAUAUUUGUCACUAAACUUGAAGCUCAUCAAUGUUUCAUGUCUGUGAGCUGUUAUCCUGCUUCACUGUUUCUUUUCUCGAGAUCUUCGGUUGUAUCAUUGCCUUGUUUAAUUUAAACAAGAAGGUGAAAAGAAUCUCAUUAAUCUGAUGUUCUUCUUACCUCCUA